AUGGCCUCGAAGGUACUCGUGCCUGGAGUGCCCUUCGCUUCGCUCCAGGGAAAGGUGAAAAAGACACCUGUAGAGCCAAAUGGCGGGCUGUACAUCAGUGGAGGCGACCCGGUCGCGAGGAUCGCCCACCUCGAGCACAGCAUUCGGUUCCUGCAGGAACAACACCGUCUGAUGCUCAGUGGCCUUCACGCCGAAAUCGAGUCAUUGCGAGAGAGAAAUAGAGACUUACAAUUUCAACUGAUAUUCAACAAAGAGCCUGCGAAAAAUACCUCGACUACUGAUGACAACGAAAACCAGGUGUCAUCUCUGCGACGAGAGGUAGAGCGGUUGGAAAGGGAGGCAGCAGAAGCGCGAGGUGAGGCUACAGCCUGCACCCACGACUUACUGCGGCUGCAACGCCUUGUCGACGAACAGGCCAACAAGCUGCGGUCUCUAGAGGAGGAAGCAACGGAAAAUGAGGAAGGAGAAAGCGCUGGGGCUCUACGCGCGCGGCUGGGCGAAGCAGAGCGGCUGGUCCGGCGGCUUCGAGCGGACGCCGAGCGGCAGCGCAGAGAGGUACACGGGGGCGCGGGCGUCACCAACCUACUGUUCGACGGCGCGCCCGCACACCACGCGCACUUGCAGUGCAUGAAAAGCUCACUGAUGCGCGCGGGCGCAGUUGACGCAUUUGGCUUUCCUACCUUGCCAGCCCCAUACCUCCAUACAGCAGAUUUUUGGAGAGAGCCUUUGAGAGAAGAGUACAGCAUGCGAGGCGGCGGACGACAACGACGACCCAAUACACUUCCAGCACUCGCUGUCCUCCCACAGCAGCCACGCCCACCCGCGUAUGCUCACAAUUUGCGAGCGCGGGGAUAUACAGAAAGAGUAAAAAAGUCACAAACACUGAACGGAGAGUCCUAUACUGGAAAGAGCCCGGAAGAGACAGAUCAACCACGAAUAAAUCCAGUUAUAACAGAUAAUUUACAGAAAAUCAACCCUGAGGCCACAUAUCCCGAAUUAAAAAUUGUGGUCACUAAAAUAAUUCCGCACGGAAAUGUUAACACAUCGUCGUCGCUAACGGGCGCGCGGCCGCGAGCUCGUCGCACGCACCGCAAACACGCAUCCGAGCACACGUAA